AUGCAUGGUGGUUUCUUUGUGAGACCUAGUGAAGGUGGCCUCACAUGGCUAUCAGCCUGCAUUAGGAAGGGCCAGUCUGGACAAGCAUUGUCAGCAAUAGGAAGCAAGAAGAUGGUGAAGUUCAUCUGCGGUGGUGGAGCACAAGGUGGCUGGGGCCUCAGAGUGAAGAGUGGCUGGAACUGGGCUCAGGCAGCUGCAGCUUUCCAGGGCAGCACAGCAAGAAACCCACUUUUUUAUUGUGCUGCUGGGCUGGCUGGAGCUGCACCAUGGCUCAAAGACUUCUUGCAGCCCCAGUGCAUCAAGACAUCCCUUCACAAUUCCAAGGGUGGAGCAGAAUCACCCACACAUUUGGCUGACAUGUUCAAAUUGAGGAUCGGCCUGUCAUUCUUGGCUCAGAAGACCAACAUAGAUGUCAUAUCACUUGUAACAUGCUUGAAGUAUAUUCGCUGCAGCACCUCUGUAAACUGUUAUUGGCUACAUGAGAAAGUUGGUGGAGAGUUUAACUCCAAAGUUAGAAGUAGUCUUACCAUCUGGGUUCUGCUUUUUCUCUUGCUAUAGGGCUCAGCAGGGACCAAGGAACAGUGCUCCACAGGGAAAUUUACCGCCAGUGGGGAAUGCUGCCGAGCCUGUAAUCCUGGGGAAGGAGUUGCCCAACCAUGUGGAGUAAACCAAACUGUCUGUGAACCUUGCCUGGACAGCAUCAGCUAUUCAGACACAGUGAGUGCCACCGAGCCCUGUAAGCCCUGUAAGGAGUGUGUGGGCCUGGAGAGCAUGUCGGCUCCUUGUGUGGAAUCAGACAACACUAUUUGCAAAUGCAUCUAUGGCUUCUAUCGGGAUGAGAGCAAUAAAUGUAAACAGUGCCGCAUCUGUGAAAUGGGCUUCGGGCUUGUCUUACCUUGUGUGGAAAAUCAGAACACAUUGUGUGAGAAAUGCCCGGCGGGGACGUAUUCCGAUGACGCCAACCAUGUAGAUCCCUGUUUCCCCUGCACAGUGUGUGAAGAGGAUGAGGUCAUUGAGAAGGACUGUACUGCAACUUCAGAUGCCAAGUGCAGAGAUUUUUACCCAGGGACUCCCAAAAGUCCUUUUCCUAUUACAAAUUCUUCAGAGAUUCUGGAUAUUUUGGAGACCACUGUAGUGAGCACUACAAUGACCACAAUUAUGGGCAGCUCCCAGCCUGUCAUUCGAAGUGGGACAGCCGAUAACCUCAUCCCUGUCUACUGCUCCAUUUUGGCAGCUGUGGUUGUGGGUCUGGUGGCAUAUAUUGCCUUCAAGAGGUGGAACAGCUGCAAACAGAACAAACAAGGUGCCAACAACCGUCCUGUCAACCAGACGCCUUCCCCAGAAGGAGAGAAACUUCAUAGUGACAGUGGCAUCUCAGUUGACAGCCAAAGCCUCCACGAUCAACAGCCACCAACACAAGCAGCAUCUCUACAAGGUCUUAAAGGAGAUGGGAAUCUUUAUACCAGCCUGCCCCCUAACAAACGUGAGGAGGUUGAAAAGCUGUUGAAUGGUUCCACAGAGGAGACAUGGCGCCACCUGGCUGGAGAACUAGGCUACAAGGAAGAUCACAUAGACUCCUUUACACAAGAGGAGUACCCUGUUCGUGCUCUGCUCUCUGAUUGGUCCAGCAAGGACAGUUCCACCAUGGAUGCCCUUUAUUCAGCCUUGCGCAAAAUCCAAAGGGGGGACAUUGUGGAAAGCCUUUACAGUGAAUCCACUGCUAGCUCACCAGUGUGA